UGGAGCCAGUUACCUAACAAAUAUCUCUCUCUCUCUCUCUCUCUCUCCACUAGUUGGUGUGUCCUCUAUUCUCCAUUAUCAUCAUUUCGUCUCUUCUCUGUUUCAACGAUGUCUGCAGCCACUUCUCAGAUCCACUCCCUUUCUCGACAUCUACCCUAAAUUCUCUCCACCGGGUUAAUGAAGCUAAAGAGUUUUGAAGGAAGGAGUUUAAGACGCUCCCAAGAUUUAAGCAAAUCAAUUUUAACUGUUCUCAUUAAAGGAUUUUAUCCUAGAAAUGUUGUCAGAUAUUUCUAGGAGCUAGUGCAUUUUCAUUUAAAUUUGUGCUGUUGGCGCUGAGGUUGGGGAGAUGGACAGGUCAGACACAUCUGGUUUUGUCAGUGGUGGAGUUAGUUUCUUUCGAUUACAUUCCUUCUGAUGCCAGUAGCAUGUGCUGAAAACUGUUCUGUUGGUUGGGCUCCUGUACUUUAGUUUCACGGCUUCUAGAAAAUGGAUCUGACUGAUAAGGCUAUAGAAUUUUCUAAUAACAGCAAAUUUACUAAUAAUGAAAACUUUGGUGAUACGACCUUAGGCCUGAACUGCCUUGGCAAUGGACGAAGCAAUAUGACUGGAUUUGAGAAUACUCAAAUCAGUAUUAAGGUUGAUUUAUCCAACAAUCUUGAUGACAGUUGUAAGUUGGUCCUUGGAUUAGGUCCCACUCCAACUGCUUAUUGUGAUGAUUAUUGCAGCAUGAGGUUUAGCAAGAAUAAAGGAUCAACUCCUGCUGCCACAUCUCCUCAGGGGUUAUCAUCUAUUGCUGAUUCAACCCUAAAACUUGGCCUUUCUGGAGGGACCAAGGAAGCUCUGAGUAACCUUGAGUGUUCACUACUGGAGACUGACAGUAACACCCCUCUUCUGAACCAAGUUGCUGGUGACCAUAAUAGAUUCUCGAUUCCUGUUGUUGAUGAGGGCUCUACUUCAGCAAAGAAAUCUGGAGGCUACAUGCCAUCACUCCUUUUGGCUCCAAGAAUGGAUGCUGGAAAAGUUUCAUCGCAUGCGGAGGAAUUUCUUCAAUUUGGAGCCAAAUCUCGUUGUCAUCAAUUGCAGUUAAACCAUGAACCAUCUGCUACCACAGAUUUUUCAGCAGCCACUGUUUCUGAGAAUGAAACUAGUGCCACAUCUAUAGAUCGCAAAACUAGUAACCCAAAGAAGUGCAAGUUCUUUGGUUGUUCAAAAGGUGCACGAGGAGCAUCAGGUCUUUGUAUUGGGCAUGGGGGAGGACAGAGAUGCCAAAAAGCAGGUUGUAACAAAGGGUCUGAAAGCCGAACUGCAUAUUGUAAGGCCCAUGGUGGAGGAAGGAGGUGUCAACAUUUGGGUUGCACUAAAAGUGCUGAGGGGAAGACAGAUUUUUGCAUAGCACAUGGCGGUGGCAGAAGAUGUGGAUUUGCAGGGGGCUGCACCAAGGCUGCACGGGGCAAGUCAGGGCUUUGCAUUAGGCAUGGUGGGGGGAAGAGAUGUAAGGUUGAAGGCUGCACUCGAAGUGCUGAAGGACAGGCUGGCUUGUGCAUUUCCCAUGGGGGCGGAAGACGUUGCCAAUACCAAGGAUGCACGAAGGGUGCUCAGGGUAGUACCAUGUUUUGCAAGGCUCAUGGUGGUGGCAAGCGUUGUAUAUUUGCAGGAUGCACCAAAGGUGCAGAAGGAAGUACACCGUUGUGUAAAGGACAUGGUGGGGGAAAACGUUGCCUUUAUGAUGGUGGUGGAAUUUGUCCGAAAAGUGUUCAUGGAGGCACAAAUUUUUGUGUUGCACAUGGUGGUGGAAAGAGGUGUGUUGUGCCAGGAUGCACUAAGAGUGCACGUGGUCGCACUGAUUGCUGUGUUCGGCAUGGUGGAGGGAAACGGUGCAAGUUUGAAAAUUGUGGGAAGAGUGCUCAAGGUAGCACAGAUUUUUGCAAGGCCCAUGGUGGGGGUAAGCGAUGCAAUUGGGGGGAGGGUAAAUGUGAGAAAUUUGCUAGGGGUAAGAGCGGUUUAUGCGCUGCACACAGCAGCAUGGUACAGGAGAGGGGGUCAAAGAAAGGUAAUUUAAUAGGACCAGGACUCUUCCAUGGUCUUGUCUCCGCCGUGUCGAAUGCGGGAAGUAGUAUCAACAACAAUUAUUCUUCAUCUGGAAUUAGCGCUGUCUCUGACUGCACUGAUUCUUUGGAAAAGCCAGCAAAAAGACAACAUCUCAUACCGGCACAGGUAUUGGUUCCUUCAUCCAUGAAGUCGUCAUCAUCAUACUCAAGUUUUUUGAGUGCUGAGAAGCAAGAGGAAGAUAGAAAUGGGUAUGGCACAGGUAUUGCUAGCAUUGGUAGGAUAACCAACUUUGAUUACAUGGUUCCGGAGGGGAGGGUUCAUGGUGGUGGCCUCAUGUCAUUAUUUGCUGGGAAUCUGAAGAAUGCAAUUGAUGGCGUUUGAAGCUGCUUGACUUUCAGCGGCGAAUAUUCAACGACGAAAUUGUGCAUAGAAUAGCUUGUAUAGUUUGUAUUGGUUAGGGAUUAUUGUUGUACUAUAAUGAAUGUGUUGGGGACCUGAUUUUUUCAGUCAAACUUUUGGCUCGCACGACGAGUUCUCAAAUUGCCACAAGCCCAACAUGUAUGGCUGUGAAUGGCAAAUUUGGAUUUCCAAAUCUUAGCGUAAUAAUUCCACUAGCUCAUUAUAUUUUGGGCUGAGGGGACUUCACUGUUCCAAUUUGACAUUUUCUUAAGAGUGACAAUUCGCCGUUUAUUUAUGUGAGAAAAAAUAUUGCGU